AUGAUAUCCACUUUUGGUUCCAUCAGAAGACACUUUUCGUCAGUAGCCCUGCCCACGGUCUAUGCACUGUCUACGUAUCCCGCAAGAUCGGCCAUAGCUGUCGUCCGAAUCACUGGCCCGUCCUCGGCAUCGAUAUAUCGAGCUCUAACUGCCAGAGAGCAGCCCAGACCACGAAUAGCCACCCUCGCCAAGCUCUACCACCCUAAAUCCAAAGUUAUUCUUGAUGAGGCCAUAGCUCUGUAUUUUAAAGGCCCAAACUCGUAUACCGGAGAAGAUAUGCUCGAGCUUCAUCUCCAUGGCGGUACCGCAGUGGUGAAGUGCAUAAUGGAAAGCCUGGAGUUGUUGCACACGCCUGCGAAUCCUAUAAGGCCAGCAGAGCCUGGAGACUUCUCCAAGAAGGCGUUCCAGAACGGCAAAAUGGAUCUCACACAGGUCGAGGGCAUUAACGAUCUGAUCCACGCAGAAACUGAACGACAGAGAGUUCUCUCUCUGGCAUCCAUGAAGGGAGAAACCAAAGAGCUGUUCCACCAUUGGAGAGAGCAAAUCUUGAGCACAUACGCCCUCAUCACGACACUGAUAGAUUUUGGUGAAGAGCAUGACAUUGAAGAAAUUGGCCAAUUGUUCGAGAGAGCUGAGUCGGAAAUCAGAAUUCUUGAGAUGGACGUGAAGCGGUACCUGGAAAGAGUCCAGCGAUCACAGACAUUGAUGGACGGAUUCAAGAUAACGCUGUCUGGCCCUCCGAAUGCUGGAAAAUCGUCUCUUUUGAAUAUUAUCGCCAAUGAAGACCGGGCCAUUGUGAGCGAGAUAGAAGGCACGACGAGAGACUCCAUCGAAGUUCCUCUAGACAUCAGUGGGUACAAAGUCGUGAUUGGCGAUACGGCAGGAAUUAGAGACGCCGAAAACCAAAUCGAACAAGAAGGGAUUAGAAGAGCAAAGAUGAAGACUUCAGAGGCAGACUUGAACUUGGUUCUUCUCCCGUGCAACCCUUUUGAGUUGGGUGAUGCAAUGAAGGAUCACAUUGGCUCAUGUGAUAAAGAAAAACUAGUGAUAAUCUUGAACAAAAGUGAUCUGGUUACCCCUGACCAGGUCGGAAGCUUGGUAGCGCAACUCGAAAAAGAGUUCGAACCAAAGGAGAUCAAAGUCAUAAGUUGUCGUAACAAAGAGGGUAUACAGGAUCUUCUGAAUGCUAUAACUCAGAUGCUUGAUAGUUGGACCCAGGACGAGCCGAUAUUCGUUUCUAACAGAGUUCAAAACAUUAUUCAGCACGAUUUGCUCCUUGGGUUUGAGGAAUUUUACAUGCAUUCUAAAUCCAACGACGUGGUGCUUGCCGCUGAGGCGCUCAAAAUCAGUAUGGAGGGUAUUGGCAAAAUCACCGGUGAGGCUAUUGGAGUGGAAGAGAUCUUGGGAUCGAUCUUUGCGAAUUUCUGCAUAGGCAAAUAG